GGGGGGCCCCCCCCCCCCCCCCCGCCGGUCCCGGGGCUGCAGUGGCGACAGCAGCGGUCACAGGAGCGGCGACAGCGGCAGCUGCGGAGCGUCAGCCCCGCCCGGCGCCGCCUCCCGCAUCCUGCAGCCCGCAAGGCGCAUCCCCGAGCAGCAGCAUCCUGCAUCCCUGAGCUGCAUCCUGGGCAGCAGCAUCCUGCAUCCCUGGGUACCACCCGCAGCCCUGGGUACCACCCUGCAGUGCUGAGCAGCAUCCUGCAUCCCUGAGCAGCAUCAUUCUGCAUCCCUGGGUACCACCCGGCAUCUCUGAGCUGCAGCAUCCUGCAUCCCUGAGCGGCAUCCUGCACCCCUGGGUACCACCCGGGCAGCAUCCUGCAUCCCUGAGCAGCGGCAUCCUGCAUCCUUGAGCAUCAUCCUGCAGCCCCGGGUCGCGCUCAGCAUCCCCGGCUGCCAUCCUGCCCCCCGGUGCCAGCUGUCCCUCAGGCUGUGAGCAGCGCCCCGGGUGACCCCCCCAGCCUCGUUGCCCCCCCGUGUGAAGCCCCCCGAGCCCCGGCAUGGCCGAGCCCAGCUCCGAGUGCAGCAUCAAGGUCCUGUGCCGCUUCCGGCCGCUCAACCAGGCCGAGAUCCUGCGGGGGGACAAGUUCCUGCCCGUGUUCCAGGGGGACGACAGCGUCGUGGUGGGGGGCAAGCCGUACGUCUUUGACCGCGUGUUCCCCCCGAACACCACGCAGGAGCAGGUGUACCACGCGUGUGCCAUGCAGAUCGUCAAGGAUGUUCUGGCCGGGUACAACGGCACCAUCUUCGCCUACGGACAAACGUCAUCGGGCAAGACCCACACCAUGGAGGUGGGGCAGGGGGCACGGGGGCAUUUCUGGGAAGCUCUUGGGGGCAAACUGAGGAUGACCAAGACCAACCUGUCGGUGCACGAGGACAAGAACCGCGUCCCCUACGUCAAGGGCUGCACCGAGCGCUUCGUGUCCAGCCCCGAGGAGAUCCUGGAUGUCAUCGACGAGGGGAAAUCCAACCGGCACGUGGCUGUCACCAACAUGAACGAGCACAGCUCCCGCAGCCACAGCAUCUUCCUCAUCCACAUCAAGCAGGAGAACGUGGAGACCGAGCAGAAGCUCAGCGGGAAACUCUACCUGGUGGACCUGGCGGGCAGCGAGAAGGUGAGCAAGACGGGGGCUGAGGGGGCCGUGCUGGACGAGGCCAAAAACAUCAACAAGUCCCUGUCGGCGCUGGGCAACGUCAUCUCGGCGCUGGCCGAGGGCACGAAGGCGUACGUGCCCUAUCGCGACAGCAAGAUGACGCGGAUCCUGCAGGACUCGCUGGGCGGGAACUGCCGCACCACCAUGUUCAUCUGCUGCUCGCCCUCCAGCUACAACGACGCCGAGACCAAAUCCACGCUCAUGUUCGGCCAGAGGGCCAAGACGAUCAAGAACACGGCCUCGGUGAACCUGGAGCUCACGGCCGAGCAGUGGAAGAAGAAGUUCGAGAAGGAGAAGGAGAAGAACAAAGCGCUGCGGGAGACGCUGCAGCGCCUGGAGGCGGAGCUGAGCCGCUGGCGGAGCGGGGAGGCCGUGCCCGAGACCGAGCAGCUGAGCGAGGCCGAGGCGGGGACGGGCCCGGGCGAGGGCCAAGGGGGGGCCCCCGAGGAGCCCCCCCUGAACGACAACAGCUCCUCCAUCGUCAUCCACAUCUCGGACGAGGAGCGCCACAAGUACGAGGAGGAGAUCCGCAAGCUCUACAAGCAGCUGGAUGACAAGGAUGACGAGAUCAACCAGCAGAGCCAGAUCAUGGAGAAGCUCAAGCAGCAGAUGCUGGACCAGGAGGAGGUGCUGGCGGCGGCGCGCGGCGGGGGCGAGGCGGCGCGCCGGGAGCUGGCGGCGCUGCGGGCCGAGCACGGCGCGGCGCGGGCCGAGGUCACCGAGGUGCUGGCGGCGCUGGAGGAGCUGGCCCGGAGCUACGACCGCAAGGCCCAGGAGGCCGAGGACACCGGGCGCCACAACCGCCGGCUCGCCGACGAGCUGGCCCGCACCGAGGCCACCACGCUGUCGCUGGAGUCGGAGCUGUCGCGGGCGCGGGAGCUCGGGGGGCAGCAGCGGCGCCGCGCGGCCGAGGUGCUCAACGGGCUGCUGCGGGACCUGAGCGAGCUCAGCGCCCUCGUGGGCAGCGGCGACAUCAAACUGCCGGUGGAGGUGAGCGGGGCCAUCGAGGAGGAGUUCGCCGUUGCCCGGCUCUACAUCAGCAAGAUCAAGUCGGAGGUGAAGUCGGUGGUGAAGCGCUGCCGGCAGCUGGAGAGCCUGCAGGUGGAGUGCCACCGCAAGCUGGAGGUGACGGGGCGCGAGCUGUCCUCCUGCCAGCUCCUCAUCUCCCAGCACGAGGCGAAGAUCCGCUCGCUGACCGAGUACGCGCAGAGCCUGGAGCUGCGCAAGCGGCACCUGGAGGAGGCGCACGACGCGCUCGGGGAGGAGCUGGCCAGGCUGCAGGCGCAGGGAAAUGUUGGGGUGCCCGAGCUGAGGCCCCCGUGGGCGCAGGCGGCGCUGGAGCUGCAGCUCGAGAGCCAGCGCGAGGCCCAGCACAAGCAGCUGGCGCGGCUGCGGGACGAGGUCAACGAGCGGCAGAAAACCAUCGACGAACUGCGGGACCAGAACCAGAAGCUGGAGCUGGAGCUGGAGCGGCUGCGGGCGGAGCAUGAGGCGCUGCGGGCGGAGGAGCGGGCCAAGGCGGCGCGGCUGCAGGAGCUCACGCUCCUCUACGAGCGCCACGAGCAGUCCAAGCAGGACCUCAAGGGGCUGGAGGAGACCGUGGCCCGUGAACUCCAGACCCUCCACAACCUGCGCAAGCUGUUUGUUCAAGACGUCACGACUCGAGUCAAGAAAGUGAGGGGGGAAAAUGGGGAGAAAGGGGGGGGGUUGCGGGGACAGGUGCGGGCGGCACGGGCGGUGCCGCAGCGGCUCCGGGCGGGGUGCCGGUGCCGGUACCGGUACUGACGCGUCGCACAGCUGGUCCGUGACAAUGCAGACCUGCGCUGUGAGCUUCCGAAGCUGGAGAAGCGGCUGCGCGCUACGGCUGGGCGAGUGCAGGCCCUGGAAGGGGCGCUGAGGGCGGCCAAGGAGGGGGCGCGCCUGGACAAGCGGCGCUACCAGCAGGAGGUGGAGCGGAUCCGCGAGGCCGUGCGGGCCCGGGGGGCGCGGAGGGGGCCCGGAGCCCACAUCGGUACG